AUGACUUUUAAAAACAAAAGGUAUCUUGGGCACCACAGAGGCAAGAGGGUGGUUUUCCUGAAGCAGCUGAGCAGUGGCUUGCUACUUGUGACUGGACCUCUGUCCCUCAAUCGAGUUCCUCUUCGUAGAACGCACCAGAAAUUUGUCAUCGCCACCUCCACCAAAAUUGAUAUCAGUGGUGUGAAAAUCCCCAAACAUCUCACGGAUGCUCACUUCAAGAAGAAGAAGCUGCGCAAGCCCAGACACCAGGAGGGUGAGAUCUUCGACACAGAGAAAGAGAAAUACGAGAUUACAGAACAGCGCAAGGUUGACCAGAAAGCUGUGGACUCUCAAAUUCUGCCAAAAAUCAAAGCUGUUCCUCAGCUCCAGGGCUACCUCCGCUCUCUGUUCGCUCUCACCAAUGGGCUUUAUCCUCACAAACUGGUGUUCUGAAUUUCUUACAAGAACCCGAUUAAAUAACUGAUAUGUUA